UGAUAAAUUUUUUGUCUCACAAAACACUAGAAAUCUUGUCAAAUGAGAGUCAUAACGAGAGUGUGAAGUGAAUUUUUUAGACACCGCCAUUAGACUACACAAAAUCAAAACUAGAACACUCUCGGGUUGAGAACUCUCAAGAGUCAAGAAGCAACUCAACAAGCCCACAAGCAAAACAAAACACCACAAAAGCGCGGGGUGUAUUUUCUCUCCCUAAAUUUAAGCGACAAAGUUUGAAGCUUCUCCAACCUUAAACAAUGGCGGAAACAAACCACCAUUUCCAAACCUUCGAAGAUCCUUUCUCAACCAAACACUCCAGACUUCCAGACGACACCGUUUUCUACUCCAUCUACCCUGACUCUUCUCUCUCCUCAACUUCUCCUUCCGCCAUUGCCGAUGACCUCCAAGCUCUGCACCUCCAAAUCCUCACCACUCUCUCUCCUCUCACCUCCGACUACACUUGGCAACACGAACCUUUCUCCCUUUCUCUCUCCUCCUCCGACGACCUCCCUCACCUCCAUGGCAAGCUUCGAUACGGCGACAACCUCGACGACGAGUGGUUCGUCGUCUUCCUCCUCUUUCAUCUUUCUCUUUCAUUUCCUUCUCUUUCUAUUCGUGUUUGGGAUUCUGAUGGUGAGUUUCUUCUAAUUGAAGCCGCCUUUCAUCUUCCUCGUUGGAUUAAUCCAGAGAAUUCUAGUAAUCGCGUUUUUAUUCGGAAAAAUGAAGUUCAUAUUAUUCCGAAGAAGAAGUUUCCUUCUCUUCCUACUUUAAAAGAUGCUCUCAAGUUGUUGAUUGAGCAUCCUGAGCUUACUAGGGCUUCGGAUUCGGUUCAAUCGGCGAUUAAGGGUCGGAUUUCGGAGUAUCCUGAAAGAGCGAGGCGUAAUAUUCACCGUGUUAGGGUUAGGGUUCCGGUUUCCGUUGCUCAGGUGUUGAGGCAUGAGCCCUGUCUAAUUUCCUUGGCAGUUGAGGGAUUUUAUGAUCGUGAUAUUGAUUCAAUGAAAUAUGCUGCAAACAUGGAGAAGUUCUUGCCUAAGGGUCGUGAGGAGGAGCUGGUUCUGGUAUCUGUGAAGAUGUCGAGGGCAAUGUAUGCUCAGUUGUUGCAGCAGAAGUUUCAGGCUCCUAAGUGUUAUCCCAUGCCGCCCAUGCCACCAAGGACAGAUCAGACUACAUACACUGAGGCUGAGCUGGGGAUGAAGAUUGCUUGUGGGUUUGAAAUGGUUUAUCAGCACAGGAAGAGGGAAGGAGAGCAAGGAAAAGGAGGUACUUGGGAGGCAUUUUGGGAGAGUUUGAAGAAGAGUGGGUAUUUUAAGGGACUGCUUCCAGGAUCUAAAGAGUACAAGAAAUUGAUGGAGAAGGCAGAGGAAUACUACAGAAAGAGUGCCUUGCAUUAUAGGACCAGUGAAAUUUUAAGUGCUCCAGUGAAGAGAAUAGAUGAGAUUCUUGCUUCAUCACAUUCCCCUGAUGAUUUCAAGGAUCAGGAAGUGCCUUCAUCUGAUGAUGAUUCUUGGCUUUAUGGCGGGGAGGAAGAGUUGAAAUCUGUUCUUGAGGAGAGACAAAAGGAAAUGGACAAUUAUGAGCAACGGCAGAAAAGGAAACAGAAAGGAAAGGAUAAGGUCAAUGAUGAUGAUUCAUCCAACCUGAAUAAGAACGAUUUUGAUUUAGGAGAAAUAGCAAAGUCCAUGAAGUCAUUUGUAGAAAAUGUAUCAAGUUACCAAGGAGCAGAAGUACCUGAUGACAGAGACCUGAAAGAUGUGGAAUUUGACAUGGAUCGUUUCAUGAAAGAGCUUGAAUCAGUAACAAGGGCUCCUGGUGGUGAAGAUGAUGAUGCAGAGGAAGGAUCUUCUUCUGACAUGGAUUUUGAUGAGUCCGAGGACGAGAGUGAUAUGGAAGAACCUGAAGACCAUAGUGAAGAGAAGCAGGGGGAUUUUAUGAAUGCUUAUACAGAUGCUCUUAAUGAAGAGCUGAGAAGUACUACUCUUAAGAAGAGCUUUGUACGGGCAACUGAUCAAUCUCUCAAGAAAGAUGAGGGUAUGUCAAAUGCUACAGAAGAAGACAUGGAUGAGGACUUUGCUCCGGUGGAUGUAGAUGUGAAUCUUGUGAAGAGCUUGCUUGAUUCAUUUUCUUCUCAGCAGGGCCUCCCUGGUCCUGCUUCCAACCUGCUUGGUCUUAUGGGCAAACAGCUCCCACAAGAUGAUGCUGACAAAGGCAAAGGCAAGGGGAAAAACUUCUGAAAAAGCCUCUUCAUUUGCCGCUUUCGGGUCACAUGUUAUAGUUUUAGGACUUAAAUGUUGUUUGUACAGUGACCGUUGUAUGUUUGGUAAUGUUAAAUUAUAACACCUCCCUUCUAUAGAGUACCAAUUUACCACCUACCGAUGUCAAUAUGGCUUUUCCUAGCUGUUUCGAGUAUCAACAGGAGAGAGAACCAUAUACCGUGUAUGAAGCAUUCUUAUGUACUCUGUUUGGGGUGUUACAGAGAGACUAGAGAAAUUUAGAUUGUAAAAGGGCUGUCUUACUACUCAGUAGUUGUUUGGCCUUUGUAUUCUGUUUUCAGAAAACAAAUUGUGAAUUGCUAUUUGCCACAACAAAAUUACUCAAGCUUUGGUAUUUAAUGA